CUCGUAUCGGUGCUUAUAUGGACUGAAAGCAGCUCUGUGAAACUGUUCAGCUCGCCUUUCUUUAAAGACUUUAUGGCCUACAACAGGGUCCGAAGUCCAUGGAAGUUGUUCCGAUAAGAGGAGCCAAUAAAAGCAGCAGUGUAAACAGGUCUACCUCUGCGGAUUUACAUCAGCCGGCCCACUCAUUACCAUCUUUUAUAUCCCCCUGCUCUCAGAAAGCAUCAUGGCAAAAGUAGCUCCAUCCUCCCCUCCAACAGGGAAGUGAAGUGGAGCAGGUGUCGCAGCCAACACGUUCUGCCCAGCUCCGGAUCCAAAAGGAAGAGGACUUUUAUUUUUAAACUUAUUCGGUUUUUUUUUUUUACCCCCCUGUUCAACCUCCCCUUCCACCAGGCUUUAUGUUGUGUUUUUAAUGUUCUCUAAAAUGGUAUCGAAACUGACGUCCCUGCAGCAGGAGCUCCUCAGCGCCCUGCUGGACUCAGGACUCACCAGAGAUGUUCUGAUCCAGGCCCUGGACGACAUGGACCCGAGCACGCCGAGCUUCCACGGAGUGAAGCUGGAGAGCCUGCCCAUGUCGCCCGCCGCCGCGGCGGUGGCCGGCUCCGCUCCCCUCCACGGCGCCAAGGCGAACGGCUCGGACGGAGACUCCAAGCCCGUCUUCCACACGCUCACCAACGGCCACAGCAAGGGCAAGCUGUCCGGCGACGAGGGCUCCGAGGACGGGGACGACUACGACACCCCGCCGAUCCUGAAGGAGCUCCAGUCGCUGAACACCGAGGAGGCCGCGGAGCAGAGGGCGGAGGUGGAGCGCAUGUUGGCAGAGGAUCCGUGGCGAGCUGCCCGUAUGAUCAAAGGUUACAUGCAGCAGCACAACAUUCCCCAGCGGGAGGUGGUAGACAUCACGGGGCUGAACCAGUCUCACCUCUCCCAGCACCUCAACAAAGGCACGCCCAUGAAAACCCAGAAGCGAGCGGCCCUCUACACCUGGUAUGUCAGGAAACAGCGGGAAAUUCUCCGACAAUUCAACCAGGCGGCUCACGGUUCUUCCAGCAGUAUGUCUGAUAAGGGCAGUCAGGAUCCAGCAUUUUUUUACCCAGAGUACAACACUUCCGGUGCCGGUAUGGGCCAACCGGAUGAGGUCAGCAGCGAACCCCUCUGUAAGAAAAUGAGACGUAACCGCUUCAAAUGGGGGCCUGCUUCACAGCAGAUCCUCUACCAGGCCUACGAACGUCAGAAGAAUCCCAGCAAGGAGGAGAGGGAGACGCUGGUGGAGGAGUGCAACAGAGCCGAGUGUCUCCAGAGAGGCGUCUCCCCCUCCAAAGCCCAGGGCCUCGGCUCUAACCUGGUCACCGAAGUGAGAGUUUAUAAUUGGUUUGCCAACCGGCGUAAAGAGGAAGCCUUCAGGCAGAAGUUGGCGAUGGACGCCAUUACGGUUCCGUCGCACGGGCUCAACCCGCUGCUGUCGCACGGCUCGCCGCACCAUCCCCAAAACAGCGCUUCCCCUCCAAUGCGUUACAGCCAAGGCGAUGCCAACUCCUCCAGCGCCAUCAGUCACCACAGCAGCAACCUGGUGACCAGCCAGUCGGUGCUCCAGCAGGUGUCUCCAGGAGGACUGGACCACAGCCACAGCUUGCUGUCGCCCGACGCCAAGAUGAUUUCAGGUUCAGGUGGAGGACUUCCCCCAGUCAGCACGUUGACAAACAUCCACAGUUCCCAUCACGGCCACCAACAGAACCUCAUCAUGCCCCUGUCUGGAGUCAUGGCCAUAGCACAGAGUUUAAACACGUCACAGUCUCAGACGGUGCCGGUCAUCAACAGCGUGGCGGGCAGCCUCGCGGCGCUCCAGCCGGUGCAGUUCACCCAGCAGCUCCACAGCCCCCACCAGUCCAGCCUGAUGCAUCAGUCGCCCAGCCACAUGAGCCAGCAGCCGUUCAUGGCCGCGGUCACUCACUCACACAUGUAUUCUCACAAACAGGAGCCCCCUCAAUAUUCCCACCCGUCACGCUUCCCUCCAGCCAUGGUGGUCACAGACACCAACAGCAUCAGCACUCUCAGCUCCAUGUCCUCCAACAAGACGUGUCCUCUUCAAGCUUGGUGAGAGCGUCCACCCGACUUCCUCGCUGCCCGGCAACCUGAGCACAUUUUUCCACCCUCUACGCCGCCGUAACCACAACGACCCCUAAUGACCCGCAAACCCCCACCCCCACCCCCCACCUCCGUGCACGAGCUGCGGACGACCCGAACGGUCGACAAACGAAGGAGCAGCGACGCAGAAAGUGCGGCGGAGGCCAGAAAACGCGGGACAGAAGAGGAGAGGGGAGAAAAAUAAAAAAAGUCGGCGGCACGAAGAAAAAAAAACGAUCAACGAGGUUUAAAACACUUGAAAAACAGUGUUGAGCUUCACACGACAAAAAGAACAAAAGAGGCGGCGGGAUGAAGUGAAUGAGCGGCUCCGGGGCGACUCGAACUGUGAUUUAAGGCGGAAAUAUGAAGACACUGACAGAGACGGCGUCCUGGAGGAGCGACAAUCAGCUUUUCUUUGAUCUUACGUGCAUUACUUUAAACCAGUCUUCCAUGUUGUAUUUUCAUACUCGGUUUACUGCAAAAUGCUGUUGUUUGUGAUUGAAAAAGACUUGGACAAUCGCGAGCAGGACUAUGCAAUCCGUGCUUUGCAUCACUGGAUUCUGCACAAAACUCCACACACUCGAGGCUGGAAACGAAUAUGCACUAUGUCAGCUCCUGCGGGCUGUAAACGCUGUAAAACGACACACAGGCAGGGUGAACUAUGAGUGACAGCUGCGUAGGGCCGUGGUUCAGAGCGCAGGACUGACUCACACUUUUCCCUCCUCCGUGGAAACCUGGGAUGACGGUUGUUUGCACACAGGUUCAGGUGAAUUUCAGGAAUGGGCCUCGCCCUGCUUUUAUCUCUCCCACUUCUUGCCACAUUGUGGAAAAGGACAAAUGUUGUUAAUAACUCCCCAACGUGAAUCACGGCCCCUCGACCCCCUCUCUGGAGAAUGAAAAUAUUGACAAGUAUUCAGAAGCCAAACAGGCAUGAAAGAGGACAGCGUUGUGUGUUUAAUCGUGCAGGAUUCCAGAGACACUGAUUUGGUCUACAUACGCCCACGGUGACAGUAUUAAGGUGUGUUCAGACAGCCGCUGUGACCCCCCCCCCCCCCCUUCAGUCAACCAGCAUGAUUCAGAAUCUGACCAUCUCAAGGCCAAAUUCAACACCAAUCAUUACUUGCUCACUUUGUUGUUGUUUUCUUUCCGGUCGCCAAAGCGAAGCAAACUUUUGACUUGGGGUCAUGCUAAAAGGUUACAAUGAACAGCUAAUAUCUUACCUGUUCCAGAUAACUUUUGCGUUUGGAUCAGGGGUGUCAAACUCUGUUACAUGAGGGGGCCAAAAGUUAAAACCUGGUCCAAGGCCCAUUCCUGUCAAUAUUUACAUAGGAGAUUAUUCUUAUAGAAAUAUAAAUGAUCUUUUACAAAUUAUGUUUAGUGUAACAUAUAGAACAUGCAAAACCUAACUGAUAAAGAAAAAAGAUUAAAUUUAGAAAGACUCGUCAUUAGUGUUCAUUUCCUAUGCCUUACAGUCUACCAGCAACUUUUUCAUUUAUUGUACUUUAAAGAUAUAUUUCAUUACAAUCCAGUAAAAUCAGGUUAAAAAAAUCACAAAAAUCUAAUUAUUUGACUUUAAAAUAAAAAAGAACACAUGAAAAGAUAAUCAAAGUUGACUCUGUUGCUCUUUCCUCACCAAAAUCAGACAAAGAUUCCUGAAAAAUUCAGUUAAUUUUCUCAAAAGUCGACUAUCAUUAGAAGAAUGCUCUAAAUACAGAGAUAAAAAAGAGAAAUACUUCACAUUGAAAUGAUCAACUAUAAGCCCGGUUAAAAUGUUGAAGAAGGCCAGAUUUGGCCUGUGAGCCUUCAGUUUGACACGCAGUUUUGAGUAACAGCAAUAAGUUGUAGCCCAGAUUGACGAGCUAACGGCUAACCCAAGACCAAAGUGUACUGCCGCCCUUAAAACCAUCAUCGGGAAGUGCUACAGCUAGCUGCUUCUGCUGUUAUCAGCAGUUACAAAUAAUAAGGUUUAUAAAAUUAAUUGUUUAGGAGAGGAGUUUUCAUAAAAUGGCAGCGAUCCUAUUUGCCUUCCUGCUUCAGUAAUUGAAAAUUAAACUUUCUCUAACCUGAGAGCUAUCUACAACAGGUAAGAUAAUAACCAAUCAUAACCUUUCAACAGAACCCCACUUUAAAACGCCUGAACUUGAACUGGGUUCAUCCGUUGGGCGGGUAAAAGUGUGCAGAUCCAGCCUCCUGUUCAACAUUAGGUCAUUAGUUCUUCUGUGUGACUGUUCUCUGAUGAUCUGAUCAGACGGCGCUCGUAUUGUUCCGAUGUGACCCCACGUGAUUCUUUCUCUCCUCCUCCUGUAUUAUUUUUGUAUAAAACUGAAAUCAAUUGUUAAAUCAUUAUUUAUACUUUCUGAGAAUAUAUUGGUAUUUCAAGUAAAAUGUUGUUUUUUUAUUUCUGAAGAUCA